AUGCGUUGUAAGCAUCAGCUCCGUGGAGGCGUCGUGCGGUUCCUCCAGCGCGACGCGGCGGCGCUGACGCGCGGCGCUGAACGCCUGGGCCUCUCCGACGCCGAGGCCGCCCGGCUGCUGUCGCACGCGCUCGUCCGGCACCGAGCGCAGUGCCGCUCAGACAAGCGGCCGCGGUACAGUGCAGCCCGUUUGCUCCAGAUCGUCACCUCCAGGCCGGGCGUCGUCGUGCUCGACCUGCUGCACCCGCCGACCGCCGCCACGCACGGCAUCGACGCCGCCGCCGUGCCCACGGGGCCGUGGAGGUUUGAGGUGGCUGCUGACUGGAUUUCCGACGACGCCCUCACGUCAGAGGAGCUGGCCGCGGCGCGGAACGGCGGCGCGUGCGAGCUCUCGCGGCGCGACCGGGCGCGACUCGAGACGCUCUGCGGCGAGCUGCACGCCGACGCGAGCCAGGCCGAGGGGCCCUCGCCGCAGCAGGCUGCUCGCGUGUCGUCUCUCGGGCCGACCAAGCUGGAGGCGCGCUACGCGGACGCGUGCGCCAGGGGAGGAGUGGAGACGCUCGAGAUUGCCGAGGCCGACGAGAUGAUACAGAUCGUGGGGGGAGAAGCCCUAGGCCGGCCCCUUGUUGGCUUGGUCCUGGAGGCCGUGUCGUGCUGGCCCGCCGCGGAGAGGCAUGUCGCGGAGGAGAUCAUCACGGACGACGCGGGCUUCUACAGCCUCGGGCAUUUUGUGCAGGUCGCAUUUCUGCCGCUCGCGCAGGCGGUCGCCGACGACACCGAGCAUCUCGAUCGGCACUGCCCGAUAUGCCUAAACAAGUUUGUCGACUUGUACCGGGAGAGCAUCCCCUUUGCCAUCGCGUACAACUGCAGGCACUGGCACUGCCUUGAGUGCGCCAAGAUGUUGCUCAUGCAACGACACGGGUGCGGGCACUGCAAAUGCCCUGUGCUCACAUGGACCGUGGAGCGCUUGGCGCCCCCGCCUUUGUGAGAUGAGAGAGUGGCCAGUGGCCACUGUGAGAUGAAGGAUUGGGUCCCGGGCGAAUGUGAGAUAAGGGGUGGGUCGGGCGCGAAGCGGCAGCCGAGGAGAGUUGGAGCCGUGCAAAAAAUGAUAGUAAUUU